AUGGAUUCAGAUAUUCCAUUUGCAUCAUUAGCACCACUUGUGUUCAUUAGUAACAAUUACCAUGUCUCGGCUGCCCGAAUGGAGGCUUAUCUGGAGAUAAAUGAUCUUUGGGAAGCUAUUGAGGAGGAGUAUGUAGUGCCAGAAUUACAAGUUAACCAAACAUUAGCACAAAUAAAGAAUCGCAAGGAGAAAAAGACAAGGAAGUCGAAGGUAAGGGCUACUCUAAUUGUUGAUGUGUCAACUGUGAUUUUCAUCAGGAUAAUGACCAUAAAGUCAACAUUUAAGUUCUGGAAUUUUCUCAAAGAAGAGUAUGAAGGAAAUGAAAAGAUUAAGGGGAUACAAGUACUUAAUUCAAUUAGGAAAUUCGAAAUGGUGAAGAUGAAAGAUUCAGAAAUCGUCAAGGAGUACUCUAACAUAUUACUCACAAUUGUCAACAAGGUAAGAUUGCUUGGCAUUGAAUUUCCUAAUUCCAGAUUGGUUCAAAAGGUGUUUGUAACUGUUUCUAAAAGGUUUGAAGCUAUCAUUUCCUCAUUAGAGAACACUAAAGAUCUGUCAAAAGUUAGUCUUGUAGAAAUCUUGAGAGCCUUCUAG